AUGUCCCCCACCUCCACCAGGCCCCAAAGAAAGGCCGGAGGGGAUGCUAAAGGAGAUAGAGCCAAGGUGAAGGACGAAGAUGUGCGCAGAGAAGAUCUUGCAAGGUUGUCCGCUAAACCUCCUCCUCCAAAGCCAGAGCCCAAGCCUAAAAAGGCCCCUGCAAAGAAAGAGGGAAGGCACCCAAGGGGAAGAAGGGGAAGACUGAUGCCGGGUAAGGAUGCAAAUAAUCAUGCAGAAAGUGGAGACGCCAAAACAGACCAGGCACAGAAAGCUGAAGGUGCUGGAGAUGCCAAGUGA